CCAGUCGCAUUUCAGUUCCAACCUCCAGCCCGUUGCCUGUGACUUUUCGGGGAGCUCCUGUGUUUGAUAGCCGGACAGCCACACUUCUGACUGCGCUCUCUCAAGCCCAGUCCCCAACGUUUUCCAUCAGUAGGGUCUUUCGUCCCACGUGUUUGCAGCCAUGACGAACUCACUGUGGGGACAGCCUGUUUUCACUCAAGGCUCUGACAGCAGUGACACCAAGAUGGAAGCGAUCCUGAACAAACUUCUUGUCGCAGACAAUGAAGUGAUUCAAAAAGGAACUGCUGAAUUGCGUGAAGCAUUUCAGAAGCCAGGGGUCAUCCUUGAGUUGUGUACCGUCGUAGUUUCAUCCAGCAAUCCGCAGAUCCGACAAUAUGCUGCUGUGCUGCUCCGUAAGAGGCUGUCCAAGGCUAAGCACUGGAACAAGCUGUCAGCGGAAGAGAAAAGCUCGGUCAAGCAAGGAAUUCUUCCCGCUCUUGUCAAUGAGUCUGACAAGACUGUACGGACAAGCAUUGCCCAGUUCAUUGCUUCCAUCAUGAAACAUGAAUUGCAGAGUAAUAGCUGGCCAGAGCUGCUUCAGUUUGUACAACAGCUUAACACGAGUGAAAAUGUUCAGGAGAGAGAGCUUGGAAUGAGUACCUUGGACAUUUUCACUGACAUCGCACCUCGGAUGUUCCUGAAUCAAUCAGCUGCACUGUGUCAACUAAUAGGUGCUUCCCUAAAGGCUGCUGGUGACCAAGACCUUACAUCUCCUAUUGUGUUCCAUGCUUUCAGAGCACUAAGUCACAUGGCGCUCGUAGCUGAACAGAAUCAACCUCUUGUCAAUAUGUUUCAUGAAGUACUGCCUCUGUCACUUCAAGUUGUUGCUGCACUAGCUCAAGUUGAUGCAAGCAAGGCAGUUCAAGUUCUAGAUUUCAUUGAUACUCUGUUGGAUUGUUCCAUUCGAGUGGUUCUUCCUCAUGUUAAAAUUAUUGUUAGUGGGUGUCUUUCAAUUGCUCAAGUGGCAACUUUAGAAGAUGAUAUCCGGAUCAAAGCUUUAAGUCUCAUCAGUGACCUGGUCUCACGUAAAAAGAAGGUUAUUAUCAAGAACAACUUGGUGAAACCAAUUGUUGAUGUUCUCUUUGAGUUAAUGAGCUCUCCAUCUAGUGAGGAUGAACAAGAGGAUUACUUUGCAGAGGAUGAAGAUGACGACACACCUAUGACAUGUGCUAACCAGACACUUGAUCUUCUUGCUCUGCAUAUACCACCUGAAAAAAUACUUCCACACAUUUUGAGUCAUAUUGAACCUGCGUUAACUGGGAACAAUGUUUAUGCCAAGAAAGCUGCUUAUCUUGCUAUGGCUGUCCUUGUUGAAGGAUGCAGUGAUUAUAUUCGCAACAAAUACCUCAAGCAGUUUUUAACCUGUGUGUGUGAAGGCAUUACUAGUGAUGCAAGUGUUGUCAGAAAUGCGGCUUUAUUUGCACUUGGACAAUUUUCUGAACAUCUACAGCCUGAAAUAUCCGAUUUCCAUCAAGAGCUUCUUCCGCUCUUAUUCCAAUACUUGCAACAAUUGUGUGCCAAAAUUAACCAACAGGGCGACAACAAGGAGCCAACUGGCAUUGACAGAAUGUUCUAUGCCCUGGAGAUGUUCUGUGAAAAUUUGGGUGAUAGACUUGUACCAUACUUGCCAGUUUUAAUGGAGAGUCUAUUUGUUUCAUUAAGUCCUAACAAUUCAGUGCACCUUAGAGAACUUGCAAUCAGUGCUAUCGGUGCCACAGCUAAUGCUGCUGGAGAAGAAAUGGUUCCCUACUUUCCUAAAAUUAUGGAAUCUUUGAGGAUCUAUCUGACUGAGGAACAGACCCCUGAAACAUUGUGUUUGCAAAUCCAAUCAGUUGACACUUUAGGGGUUCUUGCUCGUACUGUGGGUGAAGAUACUUUCAAGCCACUUUCCCAAGAGUGUUUACAACUGGCCAUGGCUCUUUUGAAGAAGGUAGAUGAUCCUGACUUGCGUAAGAGUGUAUAUGGCCUUCUGAGUUCUAUAAGUACAGUUAUCAAGUCAGAUGUUCAGACCAUAUUACCUGAAGUGGUAGAAAUUAUGUUGAAUUCCAUCAGAAGUCAGGAAGGUAUUCUCACAGAGUUCAAGGAUGAUGAAGAAAAUGCAGCAUUCCCUGUGUAUGAAGAUCUGAGUGAUGAUCCAGACCAGGAGGAAGAUAUUGAGAAUUCUGAUGAUAGUGAUGAUGAUUUGGAUGUUAGCCAAUUUAAUGUUGAAAAUGCUUUCAUGGAAGAAAAGGAGGAGGCUUGUCUCGCCCUUGGAGAAUUGUCCAGGCAAGCGGGCAUUGCAUUUAUGCCAUAUAUGGAUCAGUGUUUUGAGGAGGUUUUCAAGAUGGUACAAUUCCCUCAUAGUGAUAUUCGCCGCAAUGCUAUUGAUGCUCUUGCUCAGUUUUGCAUUAGCUUAACAAGCAUUAAAAAUGAGCAGGGUGAGCAGGCACUUCUCAAGGCUCUGUCUAUACUUGUGCCUAAAUGUGCUGAAAUAAUUCAUACGGAACCUGAUCGUGAUGUUGUGAUGUCUGCUCUUGAUGCCUAUACUGAAAUGCUCUCUGAAUUGAAAAGUGUUGUUCUCAUUGGGGAUGGCCACAGAGAUGCUAUCAUCAAUUGCAUUCGAGAUGUUCUGACUUACAAAACUGAAUGUCAAGACGAAGAUGAAGCUGGAAAUGAGGGUGGUGGUGGUGAUGAUGAGGACGAUGAUGAUGCAGAGCAGGAUGAAUUGCUUAUUCAAUAUGCUGGUAAUAUUGUCCCUCAAUUGGGUAAAGCAAUGAGCCAUGAAGAUUUUGCUUUAUAUUUCCAAAAUAUUUUACCAAUGUUCUUAAACAAGAUGAAAAAGUCCAGCUCUGUAUCGCAGCGCUCCUUUGGAGUUGGAACUAUAGCAGAAUGCAUGGAAGCACUUGGCCCUUGCUCAGCUCAAUUUGUAGGAGACCUGCUUCCUAUGGUUCUUCAAAUGUCACAAGAUGAACAUCAAGAAGUUCGUAACAAUGCCAUUUAUGGAUUGGGAGAAUUUGUGCUAAAUGCCAAAGAAGCUACUUACCCAUUAUAUCCUCAAAUUCUCAAUGUGCUCUCGGUCGCCGUUGCUAGUGAAAAACACCCUGGUACUUUAGACAACAUAGUUGGUGCACUCUGUAGAAUGAUAGUCACAAAUGUGAAUGGGAUUCCUAUAAAUGAGGUCUUCCCUGUUUUUAUUCAGCAUCUUCCAUUGCGUGAAGACUUUGCUGAAAAUAAGAUGGUUUUUAAGUGCCUUAACUACCUUUAUGAAUUGGGCCAUCAAGCACUUUUAUCUCAAAUACUACCUGUUGUUAAAGUUGCAAUGGUAGUAUUGUACAAAGGACAGCAUACUGAAAAAGAAACACUGGAACAAGUUGUCACUCUAUUGGCUAAUAUCAAGAGAGAUUUUCCAAAUGAAUUUAAUCAAGCACAGAGCGAACUAACACCAAAGCAACUGGAAAAUUUAAACAAACGUCUACAGGCUGCUACUAGUGCUUAGAUUAUAUUUUUUAUGCUUAUCCAUUUUGGGCAUGAUGAUAUUGCCCAUUUUGUUAUUUAUUAUGUUGCUGUGUAUUGACCUGCUUUAAGCAUCUCAUGUUAUUUUACUGUGCUUUUCUAAAUCGUUAAUAUAUAAUCUUCCUUUA